GCGCACACACACAUACACCCUCAUUUCUCCCUCAGCCAGCCAGCCAUCAGGAGGGUAGAGUGCUGUGUAGUGUGUUAAGGGAGAGCACAGUACCAGCAGACAUAGAAACACACACACACACACAGACACAGACACACUCACUCUUACCCGCAAUCAAAUUCUUAGCCUCUCGCUGAGCAGGAUGGAGGUUGUCUGGGUCGCCUGUCUCAUCACGCAAGUGUUCCUGAGUCUCACGACCGUCGCGAGGGCACAAUCAACAGUGUAUAACCUGCUGACGUCGCCGGACUGCCUGCCGGACCUGCUGCACGGCGGCCUGAGGGACCAGGGUGUCCAGGAGCUCUUCAUCCUCACCACCUUCCAGCUGCCGCCCCAGAAGAGCGGCACCACCAUCUUCAGCUUCUACAACCCCCAGGACAACACCAAGUACUUUGAGUUCACCGUGCUGGCUAAGCUCAAUAAAGCGUCUGUGAGGUACCUCCGCAGUGAUGGGCGCAUGAGCACCGUGACCCUGAACAACUUGCGUCUGGCGGACGACAUGCGCCACCAGCUCCUCUUCCACCUGAAGGGGAUGCCCGUGCCAGGCUCCAGCCCGGGCGUGCCCACCAUAGACCUGCACGUGGACUGCAAGCUGGUGGAGACCAUCGCGGACCUGCCAGCCGUGUUCACAGGGCUGUCUCCGCAGCGCGGGGUGAACCUCAGGACCCUGCAGCCCAAAGGGCAGGAGUCUCUGGAAGAGCUGAAGCUGGCGUUUGGAGACUCGCUUGCAAAUGUGCAGCUGCUGCAGGAUUGCCACUCGCACCAGAUGGAUUCCAUCCAGUCGCUGGGAGUCAGCACAAAGCAGCUCACAGGUCAGAUGGUGGAGCUCACCAAAGUCAUUAACGAGCUGAAAGACAUCCUUAUUCAGCAGGUCAAGGAGACAUCCUUUUUAAGGAACACCAUCUCAGAGUGCCAGGCCUGUGGUCUGGGUGGGUCUGACUUUGAGGAGAAGCCACGCUGCGCCCCGGGAGUCUGUUUCCGUGACAACGCCUGCGUGGAGACGGCCACGGGCGUGGAGUGUGGGCCGUGUCCCGACGGGUACACGGGCGACGGCUUCAGUUGUGACGACGUCGAUGAGUGCCAAUUUAACCCUUGCUACCCUGGAGUGAAGUGCGUGAACACGGCCCCUGGCUACCGCUGUGAGGCGUGUCCAAUGGGUUUCACUGGCCAGGCAGUGGAAGGAGUGGGCGUGACUUUUGCCCAGACACACAAACAGGUCUGCGAUGAUGUGGAUGAGUGUAAAGGACCAAAUAAUGGAGGCUGCACGGCACACUCGAUCUGCGUCAACACCAUGGGAUCGUACCAGUGCGGUGGUUGCCAGACGGGCUUCGUGGGCGACCAGAAGAAAGGCUGUCGUCCGGAGCGCAGCUGUGGCAACCGGCUGCAGAACCCCUGCCAUGAGCACGCCAUCUGCGCAGAGGAGAGGGACGGCUCCAUCACCUGCACGUGUGGUAUUGGCUGGGCAGGAAAUGGUUACCUGUGUGGGAAGGACACUGACAUCGACGGCUAUCCAGACGAGAAGCUACGCUGCAAUGAUGCCAGCUGCAGAAAGGAUAACUGUAUUUACGUGCCCAAUUCUGGCCAAGAGGAUGCGGACUAUGAUGGGCAUGGAGAUGCCUGUGAUGAAGACGCUGACGGAGAUGGAAUUCUCAAUGAACAGGACAACUGCUGGCUGAAGCACAAUGUGAACCAGGAGAACAGUGACAAGGACAGCCACGGGGACGCCUGUGACAACUGUGUACGGGUGGAGAACCCAGACCAGCGGGACACAGACUUCGACGGCCUGGGAGACGCAUGCGAUGAUGACAUGGAUAACGAUGGCCUGAAGAACUUUUUGGACAACUGCCCGCGAGUGAAGAACCCAGACCAGCGUGACCGAGAUGGGGAUGGAGUAGGGGACGCCUGCGACAGCUGCCCAGACAUACCCAACCCCAACCAGUCAGACAUUGACAACGAUCUGGUUGGUGAUUCUUGUGACACAAACCAAGACAGUGAUGGAGAUGGUCACCAAGACAACAAUGACAAUUGUCCGCUAGUGAUGAACAGCUCUCAGCUGGACACGGACAAAGACGGCCUCGGGGACGAGUGUGAUGACGAUGACGACAACGACAACAUUCCAGACUUCGAGUUUCCUGGCCCCGAUAACUGCAGACUGGUGCCCAACCCUGACCAGACGGACGACAAUAAUGAUGGCGUCGGAGACGUCUGCGAGUCGGACUUCGACCAGGACAAAGUGAUUGACAGGAUCGACAACUGCCCAGAGAACGCCGAGAUCACCCUGACGGACUUCAGGGCCUACCAGACGGUGGUGCUGGAUCCCGAGGGAGAUGCCCAGAUCGACCCCAACUGGGUGGUGCUCAACCAGGGUAUGGAGAUUGUUCAGACCAUGAACAGUGACCCAGGCCUGGCUGUGGGUUACACUGCCUUCAGUGGUGUGGACUUCGAGGGGACCUUCCAUGUGAACACGGUGACGGAUGACGACUAUGCAGGCUUCAUCUUCGGCUACCAAGACUCGUCCAGCUUCUACGUGGUCAUGUGGAAACAGACUGAGCAGACCUACUGGCAGGCCACACCAUUCAGGGCAGUCGCCGAACCUGGAAUUCAGCUUAAGGCGGUGAAGUCCAAGUCUGGCCCUGGAGAGCACCUGAGGAACUCCCUGUGGCACACAGGCGACACCAACGACCAGGUCCGGCUGCUCUGGAAGGAUCCGCGCAACGUGGGCUGGAAGGACAAGGUGUCCUACCGCUGGUACCUCCAGCACCGGCCACAAGUGGGAUACAUCCGUGUGCGUUUCUAUGAGGGCACGGAGCUGGUGGCGGACUCGGGCGUCAUGAUCGACACCACCAUGAGAGGAGGACGUCUGGGGGUGUUCUGCUUCUCCCAGGAGAACAUCAUCUGGUCCAACCUGCGAUACCGCUGCAACGACACGAUCCCAGAGGACUUCCAAGCAUUCAAUGCUCAGCAUGUUCCACUUUAAGGUCCGGCGAUGUGUGUUUGUGUGCGCCCGUGUGUCUGUCUGUCUGUCUUUUUGUAUGUGUAUGUGCCAUGUGAAAUACAAAUGUGUAUUUGUGUAUUUGCAUAUGUGUUUUUUUUAUACAUUUUUGUAAGAACAGGUUUAAUUUUAAAAACUAAACUGGACAGACAUUGUACUGUUCCCCAAAUCAUUGAAAAACGCGAAACCCACAAAUACGGUAUGUUCAAUAACGGUUCAUGGUAUGUUACUACAAAGCAAAUUAAUCACCUAAUAAAACAUUAAG